AAGGGCGUCUCCGGAUGACUGGCCAAGAAAGCAAGUGCUAGCAGGUGAGGGGUCCACUGUGAACUGAGACCAAAUGCAAAGGGGUCUGAUGAGGUGACAGAUAAGGGAUACUUUAUUGUGGCUUUUAUGAUCAUUGGUCAUUUACAAAUCUUCCCCGGGGCUUACCUGCUUUGAAACAUAGUAUUUCUACAACACAGGCAUCUACGAGUUGGCUAUUCAGCUGUCAUAAUAUUUGAUCAUUAAAUUCCACAGAUGAGGAACUCGACCUUUGAGAUAAGUAAUUUGCCCAGGUUUACGCAGCGUGAGAGGUGGAAAACGUGACCGGCCUCAGAGCUGGUGCUUUAUCUCUUGGCCUGAGUGUCCUAAACUCAUCCGGGUUCUCAGAAGUCAGAAUGGGUUGGUUGGUUCCCUCCUGAAGGUCAUUUAUAGCGAUGUGUGCAUUCAGCCGUUGCCUGCAGGCAGCCUCUGGUGCUGUGUGGGUGUGUGCUUGUGAGUAUGGGAUGUUCACUGGAGCCUGCAUCAGAUUCCAUCUAAGCCAACCAGGGGCCCUUCCCACCGGCUGUCACCAAACACCCAGCAAGGCCAUUUGGCUGUUUUAUAGCACACGUGAGUGAGGCCAGGCUGGGUUCUGUCGUAUGAUGAGGCAUAAUUCCCUCUCGUGAAGCCCCGGAAACGUCUGUUUCUCUUCAGCCUGUUUAAAGGUUUUGCUUUAUGAGAUAUUGGUUAAUGAGCACAAAGUAAUAAUCAUUUGCCAUUAAAAACAGGUGCUCGUCCCUGCACUUGACGCUGGUGUCUGGGGCCCGUGGGAGAAGAGCUGAGUCCAUACGCGGUGCGUAGGCGUUGACGGAAGGAGGCUGCAAGCCCCAAGUGGGCAGAGCAUCCAGCCGAGGCCCCCUGAGCUUGCGCUGGGUGCUGUCUUACUACCACCGGUCCCGUUGGCUCAAGACCUUAUCUUCCCAGCCCUGUGGACGCCCUGUCCAAAUACAGGAAGGGCCCCACACGCUGGAGUUAGUCUGGUGGGCCUGCACUGUCGCCCUGAUCUUCCUUAGAAAAAUACAAUUGACUGCCUAGAAAAACGCCCAAAAACAGAUGCCAAGAAAACUGGUGACUGCUCACUGUGCAUGCCUGAUUCUCCAGGAGCGGUAAACCCGACUUUACUCGAGCAAGGCACUAGACUGUAGCCACGAGCAGCACCACCACCAAGCUCUUGGGCUCCGGAACGCGAUUUUGUGCUACAGGGCCUUCUCAACGCCUGUAACAUUGCCCCAGCGAUGCUACAGCUGUUGGCCGUGAGGGCCACUAGUUGGCCUCUUCGUGUUGGGGUCCACGUCAGAGAUUUUAUAGGAAGCAUGGGACAGAAAUGUAAGAAGCCAUGAUUCUUUAUCUGCUUAACCAAAGUUCAGUUUGGUUCCCUCAGCAUGUCCAGAAGCAAAAGUACGAAACAAGGCUUCUCCUUCCCCUGGAUUGCGCCUUAGAACCUGGGAGCCUGGGAGCCCACCCACACCAAGGUCAUAUCCCAGAGAAUUAAGUCAGAACCCCUGGGGCUGAGACGUAGGCAGCAGUGGUUUCUCUUGGGCUCUUGAUCGCAUCGAUGUGCAUGCAGCCUCUCUUGAGAACCACUAGUGGGCCCGGGCUUAGAGAAGACAACAGGUGUGUUUGUUAUAUUAGAGAAACCAAUCUUACUCCAUUCUGAAACAGCCAAGUUAUUUAUUUUUCAAUAGCUCCGUCUGGCUCUAGAGUGUUAUUUUUGGAUCCUCAACAUUCAGCAGUCAAUAAAAAUGCCUUGAACUUGAGGGCUACAGAGCACUCCGUGAUGUUCCAUUUCAGAUACUCGCUCUCCAUUUAUUCAAUAAUGAUUGCCCGGGUUUCACUUACCGCUAGGCGUUGUGCUGGACACAAAGAUACAGCUGACCUCUGCGUGAGAAGUCAUAAUCCAGUGCGCGAGAGAAACACGUAAGCCAACGACUCCAGUCCGGUGUCAAUGAAGGGAAACCACUUUAUAGCAAGGGUCUCAGUGAAGACAGGGUCCAUCCCGGCGCUAUCAGAUGUAUGCAGAUCCCCAGAUUCCAAUGAUAACAGCUGCUUAGGUCAAGACCACUGGUCUGGACGGCUCUGCUUGUUCUCACCAAACAUAAGAGCACCGCCUCUGUACUUGGGCUUUAAGACAUGUUUCACAGCACCUUCUGUUGGAAACUUCAUGCACGCACCUGGCCCAGGGCCACACUCUGCAUUUAAAUGAAAGUCCACAGCUCUGGGUGAAAAAGGAAAGAAGUGUAAAAGAGAAAAAUAAAGAAAGAAAACUGAAAAGAUGGAGCCGCUAACAGAUUGAAGAAGGACUGAAAUUACUUCGUGUUCUCUAGAAGUCAGUCUAUGUAGCGCCUUAUAGUCCAUAAACUAAGCCGGCGGUCAGACUUGUGUUCUUGAAGAGCGAGGUUGGCCCAGUUGGCAGGAGCCCAGUGCAAUGGCUCCGCUCUCCACUAGAUGGCGCUGCUAGCCUCCUGGGGUGGAGUGUUACCGUGCUCGAAGGUGUGUCUGCGCCUGCGCGGGAGCGGUCAAAAUGGCGUCACGCAGCUACCCGGUCUGUUCUCCCGGAUCAGCAAUGGCGCACCCGUCCUCCGUUGUCAGCUCUCCUCCGCUCCCCACUUUUCCACUCUCCGUGACCAGGCCCCAGGCCGUACCUCGCUCCCGAGUUUUGCCUCAGACGCGGCUGUUUUCCCCGGCCCCUUACUCCCGAAGGACUGCGGCCCUGACCCGCUCCGCCCCUCCGCGGGAGGGUCUCCCUGAGCAACGGCCGAAUGUCGGCCGCAGCCAGGAACGCCCGCUGGACCCUGCUGCUGCCGGUGCCCCGAGACCGCGGCCCGAGGCCAGCCCGCCCCAGAAAAAGUUGGCGAGACAGGCUAGCAGCAGCGUGUCGGGGAUGGUGGAAAAUGGCGACACACGUCUGGCCCCAGGCUUCACCCUCCACGACCCUGUUCCAGCACCGGCGAACGUGGCCGCCUUCCGGGGUCUGCCGGGACCAGGAGGCUUCCACAGUCUCCACCGAAUGUCCUUCCGGCAGAGGAACCGCCUAUCCCCGUGCGGCCCGAGCACCUCCCGGACCCCACUCUGCUCCUGGGGACUCGCCCUUCCCACCAGAGCACCGCCAGCCAGGACGUCGGGAAGCAUUUCUCAGGGGUACAACGAUCGUUUGAACUCAUGGCUGAUGAUGCUCUGA